AUUUAUCUUUCACUUUUUAAGCCUCGCGGUACCUCCUCUCUCCCUCCCACCCCCUCUAUCACCCAUGGAAUCUCACCGGAGAACUGCUUUAUUCUUUACCGGAAAUGACAUUAACGAGCCGCCAACCAAAGCCGCCAUAUAAUUGGCAGGAGGCGGCUUAUUUUUCUGGUUUUGGUUAAAUUUCAGGCCGACGCGUUGUAUCAUAUGGGACGGGUAUAUGGGUCUGCGUCUGUUUUCAUCACUUUGCUUCUUUUGUUUCUGUUUGUGGGCGGGGGCGUCCGCUCCGAGCCGGUGCAGGACAAGCAAGCUCUCCUCGCGUUCCUAGCUCAGACUCCGCACGCGUAUCGCCUGCAAUGGAAUGCUUCCGACUCGGCCUGCAACUGGGUCGGAGUCGAGUGCGACGCGACCCGCUCCUUUGUAUUCAGCCUCCGUCUUCCCGGAGUGGGUCUUAUGGGAACGAUUCCAUUGGACACCAUCGGGCAAUUGAGUCAGCUGAGAGUAUUGAGUCUCCGCUCCAACCGCCUUUCCGGUGAGAUCCCAGCUGAUUUCUCCAAUAUGACUCUCCUCCGCAGCCUCUAUCUACAAAACAACGGGCUCUCCGGUGAGUUCCCGCUGAUCUUCACUCGCUUGACUCGUUUGACGAGACUCGAUCUCUCCUCAAAUAACUUCAGUGGUCAAAUCCCCUUCUCUAUUAACAAUUUGACACACUUGACGGGGCUCUUUUUGGAGAAUAAUCACUUCUCAGGCAAUCUACCAAGCAUUAACCCAGGUAGCUUGGCAGACUUCAACGGGUCCAACAACAACCUCAACGGUUCAAUCCCUGCGGUCCUAGCCAGAUUCCCUGCAUCGGCAUUCGCUGGAAAUUCAGAUCUCUGCGGUGGGCCAUUACCUCCGUGUAAUCCAUUUUUCCCGUCCCCAGCCCCAUCUCCGUCCUCAAUUCCACCUCCAACACCUGUUCGUAAGAAAUCAAACAAGCUGUCCACGGCCGCCAUUGUCGCGAUUGCAGUUGGCUCUGCACUUACCGCUCUCCUGUUAUUGUUGUUCCUUCUGUUAUGUCUCCGCAGAAGACGACGGCAACAAUCCCCGAAGCAGCCUAAGCCCACGGUCGCAAUACGAUCAGUCGCUGCGGAGGCGGGGACUUCGUCUUCGAAAGAUGAGAUAACGGGCGGGUCCACGGAGGCAGAGAGGAACAAGUUGGUGUUCUUCGAGGGAGGGGUUUACAGCUUCGAUUUGGAGGAUUUGUUGAGGGCAUCAGCGGAAGUUCUGGGGAAGGGGAGCGUUGGGACGUCUUACAAGGCGGUGCUGGAAGAAGGGACUACGGUUGUAGUGAAGAGACUGAAAGAUGUUGUAGUGACGAAGAGGGAGUUUGAGAUGCAAAUGGAGAUUCUAGGUAGGAUCAAACACGACAAUGUGCUGCCAUUGAGGGCCUUCUACUACUCGAAGGACGAGAAGUUGCUUGUCUACGAUUUCAUGGCCGCCGGAAGUUUAUCUGCUCUUCUACAUGGUAGCAGAGGGUCAGGUCGUACGCCACUGGACUGGGACAGCAGAAUGAGGAUAGCAUUGAGCACGGCAAGAGGUGUAGCCCACCUCCACAUGUCGGGGAAGGUAGUCCACGGCAACAUUAAGUCUUCCAACAUCCUACUCCGACCCGACAAUGAUGUAUGUCUUUCGGACUUCGGGCUCAAUCCUCUAUUCGGUACCUCGACCCCACCCAACCGUCUGGCGGGAUAUCGAGCCCCCGAAGUGGUGGAGACCCGAAAAGUCACCUUCCAAUCCGAUGUCUACAGUUUGGGGGUUUUACUGCUGGAACUACUGACGGGGAAAGCGCCAAAUCAAGCCUCGCUGGGUGAGGAAGGGAUGGACCUGCCCAGGUGGGUUCAGUCGGUGGUCAGGGAGGAGUGGACGGCUGAGGUAUUCGACGUGGAAUUGAUAAGGUACCACAGCAUAGAGGAGGAGAUGGUACAGCUGUUGCAAAUUGCAAUGACUUGUGUGUCAACGAUGCCUGAUCAGAGGCCAGCCAUGCAGGAGGUGGUUCGUAUGAUGGAGGAUAUUAAUAGAGGAGAGACGGAUGAUGGGUUACGGCAGUCGUCAGAUGAUCCUUCAAAGGGGUCUGAGGGUCAGACACCUCCGACCGAAUCCAGGACUCCACCUUGAGGGGUUACACCUACACCUUGACUUUGAAAAUUACAUGUCAAAAGAGGAGCGUAAGUAGCUGUUGUAAAGUGCCUCCAACAAAUUGUUUGGGCGGGUUCCUGCUGCUGGGUGCCCCCGAUUGUUAUGUUCUGGUUUCUCUCUUUCUUUUCUUUGUUUAAUAUUUCCUUUGUUCUUUUCUUUUCGGGUUUUUUUUUUAAAAAAAUCCUCAUUGAUUUUCAUAGAUCAAGGAAUUUGAACUGUUUUUGAAGGGUGGUACUGGAGGCAGCUGUGGCGCUGGGAACUCGGAAGUUGCAUGAACUGAUUGGGAUUUGAUCCGUCUGAAGGAUUAUUAGUUGGGUGUAGAGUACUACAAUUCUUUUUCCGUGCUCAAUGCAUGUCUUUCUUUAUUUUCCUUCGCCUCCUAACUUAACAGUUAAUAUUGCUAUUGCUGUUACGCUGUACAGCACGAGGAGUCUUGUUUAAAUUUUAUUACAGAAGGUUCUUUUUUUUUUGUAAAUAAACUUGAAUAUAAAGAGGAGUUACUGGGUAAAUAAAGAAAAUAAAAUAAAGAAGAGAUUUUAGAAA